AUGGCCCCAAUCGCUAUCCACCCCUCUAUCAAAGAUGUCAUACAACCCCCAAAAGACACCUUGGGGCUUCCAGAGCCUGCCCGGAAGCGGCUGGAGAAGGCAGGAAUCGAUCUGUCGAACGGCUACCCUUAUCGCCCAGCAAAGCCACUUUAUCUCGAUGAUGUCUACAACAUCCGUAACUACGACCGACCUCACCAGGACCCCGGCGCGCGCGCAGACAAGGAGAAGAAAUCGUUGUUUUCUGCAGCUGAAAAAGUUGUUGAUCUCACCGCCCACAUCGGAACGGAAAUCGUGGGGCUCCAGUUGAAAGACUUGACCUCUGGACAAAGGGAUGAGCUCGGGCUUUUGAUUGCAGAGCGUAGUGUAGUCUUUUUCAGGGACCAGGACAUCACUCCCCAACAGCAAAAAGAACUAGGCGAAUGGUUUGGUGAAAUUGAAAUCCACCCUCAAGUUCCUCAAGUACCUGGAGUGCCCGGUGUCUCAGUAAUUUGGCCUGAAUUGCAAGCGACUGAACGUCCAGCCAAUUUUCGCAACCCUGGCGGUGCAUCACGUUGGCACUCCGAUCUCGUGCACGAACGGCAGCCUGCUGGAGUAACCCAUCUUCACAAUGAUACGGUCCCCUCAACAGGUGGAGAUACACUUUGGGCAAGCGGUUAUGCUGCCUAUGAGAAGCUGUCUCCCUCUUUUCGCAAGUUGAUUGAUGGCAAGACAGCUAUUUACCGUUCAGCACAUCCUUACCUGGACCGUCAGAGCCCUGAACAAGGGCCUAAGUACGUCGAGCGAGAGCAUCCUAUAGUCCGUGUCCAUCCAGCAACAGGCUGGAAGGCACUCUGGGUCAACCGCGCGAUGACAGUGCGUAUAGUUGGCUUCGAUAAAGCGGAGAGUGAUGUGAUCCUCAAUUACCUCUAUGAUGUGUAUGAGAAGAAUGUCGAUAUCCAACUGCGAUUCAAGUGGACUCCCAGGACAUCAGCCCUUUGGGAUAACAGGAUUACGAUCCAUAACGCUAGUUGGGAUUAUGCAAACAAGGAGCCUCGUCACGGUACGAGAGUGACUGCCCUGGCUGAGAAACCAUACUUCGACCCAGAGGCUCCAACUCGGCGGCAAGCGCUUGGAUUGGUGGGGCCCGAUGAAUGACUGAAGUACAAAACUGAAUGGGGGAAAAUCUGGUACAGCUAUUAAACGUUUUGGGCAAUAAAGAUUAAUCGAAGAUUGAUUUAGUCCUAGAAAACAUGACUAUCGUACACGUCAGUAAACAAUAUGAUUUUGCCAAGGAGGUUUACAAUAUUCUUAUAUCGAAGUCAUCUUGGGGUAACGUCUCCUACCGUCAAACUGUACAUACUUGGUUGCUUUGCGAUGAUCGUGUUAGUACUGUGUUACGCACUGGUACGAGAAUGAUAAUAAUCCGACGUUUACAAGUCGACAGUCGUACAGUAUUUAGGGAUUACUUGAAACGCACCUGGAGUGAUGAGCGACCUAAAGUACUGCCUUACAACGCAGGGGCUUGAUUGUGGAAGCAACAUAUGAUGGC